GCAUUUCCCUCCGCAAGAGGGCGCAGUGUUCGCUGCAACAUAGAAGAAAGCAAAAUGCCCAAAGAGCGAUCUCGUUCGCCUGCCAGAAGAGAUCGUGAGAGACGACGAUCACGUUCAAGGGAGAGGAGACACCACAGGAGGAGGAGCAGGUCACCGAGGGGCAGGCGUUCCCGGUCUCACUCUCCACGAAGGAGAUCAAGGUCAGCAUCACCGGGCAGAGAGCGGAGUAACUCCGAGGACAGGGAAACAAGCAAGUCUUCAGAAAAGCCUGUUCAGCUGAACUCAUCACAUGUUGCUAAUAAGCCCAAGUUAGACAAACAAACAAUGUCCAAAGAGGAGUCGGACAUGAUGAAAGUAAUGGGAUUCUCUGGCUUUGAAACAACAAAAAACAAGAAGGUUGAAGGCAAUGAUAUUUAUGUGACUAACCUCCAGAGGAAGCGGAGAUACAGACAGUACAUGAACAGAAGAGGAGGAUUCAACCGGCCACUGGACUUCAUUGCCUGAAUGAUGGUGCUGCAGUGGUGGCAUCUGUGUGACUGAGAGCAUCUGUAGUACACUCCGCAUCACACUGCUCGGGUGCAACCAGCAUCCAGCAUGUCACCAUUACGAAUUGGAUAGAAUCAAAUAUUUCGAACAAGAUUCUGCCAAUACGAUGAAGUGACGCAUUUAACAAGUUUUCCUGAAAAUAAUUCAGACUGUUUUUGACCUUGGUACAGACAUUCUUGCAGAUAGAAAUUUGUAAUUAAUUAGUUAUCACUUGUUUUAUCACGAGAUGCAAAGGUAUACAGAUUUAGAGGAGUUUGGGUGAUAAAGUUUAGCGCAAAAAAUGUUUACUUUUAAUAAGUAAUAACGGUUGUUUUAUUCUAAUUACUAAGGUGAAACACAACUAUUCAAGAUGUUCCAAUUGCCUCUAGUUAGGGUUAGCAUGCUGCAUCUUGCUGUCGGAUCUCUUGUCUUUGUUGCAUCUUCGAAAGCAUGACCUGGGUAUGUGCUGAACUAUGAUCUACCAUGUCUAUUCCAUGUCUGAAAGGUCUACGUAGUGCCAGAAUUUCCAAUCCCACGUUGUAUGUCUGCGUUCCCGAAUGUGAUGAACACUGUAAUCCACGAUAUGAUGUUAUGUAGGUACGGAUGUUGUCAGUGGAUGCUCCAAUAUUUACUCCUGUGAUUAUUCUCGUUUCUCCUUUUGAUGUCCUUUGAGUUGAUAAAUGUUUUGGGUUGGGGUGGUGAUCAUUAUGGAAUAUCUAAAAUCUUUAUUAUUCAGUAUGUUUGUCACAGAUUUGCGUUCUAGAGAAAGUAUGCAACUUCGAUUCCACAACAGAUCGAAGACUUGCAAUAAAUAUGACAAGUUGCUUUUCUCCAUUGCUUACUAUUGGUGCUGUGGAACAGCAUGGAAUCCCGACUCUGCUAAUUGUCAGAGGUGGAUCUUUAUGGGGUUAAUUGUAUUCUAGAUUAGUAUACAUGCUCAAGGUUACCAUGGUUACUCUUAACACACCAUUGGAGCAAAGUUUCAAAACAAUUUAUUUUUAUUUAGUCACAUGAUAGGACAAGUAAGAUUAGUUACAAAGUUCAGCAAGAUAAUUACAAAAAUGCAAAAUAUGUAAGUUGCCAUAGGAUUAUUCUAAAGUAGUCUUGUUUUCCCUAUAUGGUUCAUAAUGUGAAAGAAAUUAGUUAGUUCAACCUCUGCCUUGUCUGUAUGGUACUGGAUGAAAGUUGACAGUGUGUUGUGUAUGACAGGGAGGUAACUGUGUUCACUUGAUUGAAAACUCAGACUUGAAGGCUCAAAUGGAUACAGUUAUUUAUACGUGCUUCAAUAGCUGCAAAAGUGCUGAUGCAGCAGUAUUCACCCCCACAUGGUGACCUGCAUUCCUGGUGUCCCCACAGUAGGAUUGACAUCAACAUUUUGUCUUGAGUUGUCUCCCUUCAGCUGUCCUGAAAGUUCAGGUUUAGUUUCUGUGUUUGACGUCCAUGAACUUCUUAUUGAUCUAUCAAUUAAUGAUUUUAUUGAUCUAUCAAUAUUCAAGACAAAUUAUUCAAUUGAUAUUUUGUGUAUCAACAGUGUUGUGACUGACAAAAUUAGGAACAGGCCUCGACCAUGUCCUCUAAAAUACAACCAACUUGCUGGGAUAUAACAAGUAUAUUGUUUAGAACUCAUAGGCAGAUCCAGAGGGUGUGUCUAGGGGGCCCAGACACCCCCUUUUUAAAAACCAAAUGUAGUUUGUGGUAGACACUAAAAUUGACAGAGGAUUUUGAUAUUUUGGACUCCUCCCUUUUUAUAAAUGCUGGAUUGUCACAAGGAACUUGACUCAUAACUUUGAACAUCAUGAGGAUGACAACGCUAAGUUGUACCAGGAAACUGACUUCUACUAAUUAGUGAUAAGUGAAAAACUCUGAAGGAAGUGCUUGAUGUACUCCCUUGACACAUGACAAGAUAUAGGGAGCCUCCUGCCCUCCCUCAGCAGUGUGGGUAUUGAUAGAUUAAGGAAAAUAAUCAAAACAGCCAACUACAGAAAAUAAUAUUUAAAUUUUUUCUUCUUUUUUUCUCAAAUAUGAAGGUGCAUGAUAUUAAAGACUGGUUGGUGUAGGAUGGUCAGGUGUUCUUGGUGUAGGCAAUCAUGGCAUUCUACAUAGAAAUUGUGUCAUGUAUGUAUGUAGUGGAGAUGUAUGUCUACUGCAGACUGGUAAUAGACACUAUCAUUCUUUUUCAUGUGUAAAUAAAGUAUUUUAGUCUGGUGAAA